AUGUCUUCAGACGCGGCACCUCCUAAACCAAAAUAUAACCUCCGAAACCCCCUCCCCCUCUCCGCCCCCCAAGAGGCAGAGGUAAAGCAACUAUACUACAAACGCGUACGAGGACUUUGCGCCCCCGAAAUCAAAGCGUUCGCCGAGUGCGCCGUUAACCGAACGGUAACUGCCACCUGGGUGUGUCGAACGCAACGGCUCGCCAUGAACGCGUGCAUGGUUGCCCAUGCGAAGCCGGAGGAGGAAGACCGUGCGCGCGAGGAGUGGUUCGCGACGCAUGAGGAGCGGCGGCGGGUGAAGGAGGAAGAAACUGCCAAGGUGGAGAAGAGGAGGGCGGAAGUGAUUCGGCUCAUGAGGGAGGAUGAGAAGCAGAAUAGUGGACGGUGA